AUGGUAUAUUAUUUUACUUCCAAGGUGGUUCAACCCUCCGCUUUCAUAUACGUCGGCAAAGACAAGUACGAAAAUGAGGAUUUGAUAAAGCACGGGCUGGAUAAGGACUUUCACGUCGAUAACUUGUCUAGCGCUCACGUUUAUCUACGCCUUCGCGACGGUGAAACUUGGGACAACAUUCCCCAGAAGCUUGUGGAUGACUGCGCACAACUGACAAAAGCGAAUUCUAUCGAGGGAAAUAAAAAGGAUAACAUCACCAUCAUUUAUACACCAUGGGCGAACCUCUUUAAAGACGGAUCCAUGGAAAGCGGUCAGGUAUCUUUCCACAAUCCUAAGCAGGUCCGUAAGAUCUUCGUCAAGGAACGAGAAAAUGCGAUCGUCAAUCGACUCAACAAGACCCGCGUCGAGAAGUUCCCCGACCUUCGCGCCGAGAAGGAAGAAUACAUGAAAAUAAAACGGAGAGAGGAGCGCAAAGACAGAGAAGAACAAAAAGCCAGGGAAAAGCAGGAGAGGAGGGAACACGAACAAUUGAAAUGGCAAAAGGACCAUGCGUACGAUGACCUGAUGACUGAGGAGAACAUGGAGGCCAGUUGCAAUCAUGAUCGCGACCCCGAUUUCCUUGACGACUUUAUGUGA